AUGCAAGAGCACCCACGGUCGAUCGACGAUACGGAGGCCACGGACGCGUUACUCGAGCGUGAAGAUGCAGCGAAGAAGCAGAAGAAGCUCGAGGCCCGCUCUAGCGCGUGGGCCCGCACCUCGUUCCAGGAGCUCAACCCUUCAGCGGUUCAGAUCUCUCCGCGUCGGCACCUCAGAAAUAUCGCCAAGAUGGCGGAAAAAUCUGAGAUGUCGAUGUCGGUCCAGAGCGCCUGGGAGGAUCUGGUGGUCGAAAACCCGAACCGCCGGAAGCUCGAGGCGUGCCUGGUCACCACAAUCAUGAUUGUAGUUGUGUGCAUCAUGGGCCUGCUGCUCUUCGUGGUCAUCGAGCUUCAACCUGCUGACAACCUGAAGCGGGUCCAGAGACGACCGAACGUCGUCGACUGCAACAAUGGCACGUGCCCAGAGUUCGCACACCGAGUGCUGGGCUGGAUCAACUUCCAGGUGAAGCCAUGCGAAGAUUUUCACAAGUGGGUGUGCCACGGACGACUCAAGGACUCCCCCGAGGAUGCUUUCCAGCAAGACCCCCAACGAGCCGGCACGUACGCCGCAAAUGCUCACUUCUACAACCUGCUCAUGCGAAACUACCAUUAUGAGCAGAGUACUGGAAACAAGGUCGAGAAACCUGCCUUCACGUACAUGGGGAAAUUAUUCGACACCUGCCUUCGGGGCUUGCAGAAAAAAAACAACACACAUCCUCUGAAAGAUCUGCUGGACCAAACAUUGUGGAGUGGGACCCUCAGAGGUUUUGCUGGCGCGUCUCAGGUCUCCGCAUUCGAGGAUAUCCACGUAGACUUGAUAAAAAAGUUCAACUUCCACCCGUUUGGCCGCAUCAUGAGAAGGGAUGAUGAGUGGUUUGUUAUGCCCAUGAGCGUUCUGGGCACCUUGGAACAGGUAAAUCUUGGAGGAUUCCAAAAAGAGUUCGCAGCUGCGUACGGCGCUUUUGUGGUGAAAUACAAGAAGGGGUCCGCAGACGACGCAGGGGCUUCCAUGAGGGCAGAAGUCAACAUUGUAAAGGAAAUGAGUUUCUCGGGCCUAGAAGGAGACUACCCAGGAAAUCACGUAAUCGGCAUAAAGACAACACACCUCAAGAUUCCGGAAAUCAUCCAAAAAGUGUACGGUGUAACCGUCACCGGCAAAAUCUUCGGCCGACAUCCAACACAGGCGAAGGCACUACUAGCGUAUGACGGCGGAGGCUAUGGAUCGAUGAACCUGGCCAUGUUCAAGUUUUUGCUGAAGCUUUCGCUGUUCAUGGACGAAGACGACCCCGACCUUGCCCCAUUCUUCGCAUUCGCCAACAAGUACGAGUGGGGAUCGAAGGUUCUGCCCGUCAAGGCGUACCGUUGCGGCACAUUCCUCGAGAACUUCUUGAAGCCCGCGAUGAUGCAGUUUAUCUUCCAUUACGACAAGGAGCGACUAGACGCCAUCAGUAGCGAGAUUCAGACCCGCAUGACUGAGUUCACGGCGCCCGGUCCAGACAAGAAGACCCCUUCUUUCCACCUUAGGCCCAUGAACCUUGCAAGAGGAAAACUUGCUGAUUGGGGUGGUAACUUAACAGCGCUGCAGUUCUUCUUCACGAACAAGACAGACGAGGAUGUGAAGGCUUACUUCAGCUGUGGCGGCAGCACAUUGGAAGACUGGAACGAUGGGGUGCAAGGAGGCUUUUUGGCGCACUUGUCGAAGCUCGGCGAACUGUACGCCUGCAACCUGAGGGAACACAAAAAGAAGGAGAUGUUUGCUUUUCCAGUCCUGGGCUCUGAACCUUACUACGACUUCAUUUCCGACAAAACAUACGUGCCCUACGGAUUCACAAUGCCACCAAACUUCCAUCCCUACGCCCCGGGUAUCUUCUACCACAAUGCUCCAGCCAUGUAUCUCAAGCUAAUUGGGGAAGUGUUCAGGAUGACGCUUGCCAGAGUCUUCUCGGCCACCAAGAAGGAUCCAGAAGGGAAAGUUGUGUUCGACACCAUCAACUGCCUCCGCAAGCUUGUUAACCCCAAUAGCAAGAACAAGACCGGCGCUACGCAAAUCUUCAUCGACACCGUCGCCGUGCCAAUGGCUUACGCGAUGUACAGGAACGUCUUGAAUCACGCGAAGUGGGAUGUCACCAAACAGGCCAGAGUAUCCUUGAUCCCGUUCUUCACUGAAGGACAGUACUUCUUCAUCCAAGCGGCACAGUCCCGGUGCGAGCACAUGGAUACUGACCCGAAGAUCGCAUACUUGAGAGCGCGGGGUGGAGCGACUGCAGCCGAUAAGGUGAACCUGCCUUUCGCCAAGAACAACCCACUUUUUUCCAACCGAUUCGGCUGUGCUAAGAAGCGGCCCAUGUUCGCCUCUGCCCCCCUCUGCAAGGGUCCGAUGAAGCCUCUGAAGCGGGAGAAUGAGAAAGAGUACCCCGGGGUGUACGUUUGAGCCUGAUGCCGAAACCUCGCGUAAUAAAGGCCUGCUGUGUGCUGA